CGUAUAUAAUUCGUGAUCAAGAAUAUCAAAGUGUGCGGCGUGGUGUGUGGCGGCGAAGAGUUGCGACGAGUGCGUAGUACGCACGCGUGUGUACGAGUGCGGCGCGUCCGCACGCAGGUGAUAAUUGCGAACGCUCCUGUGAUAUUUCGAGAUGUCAGAUUCGACAGAGAUUUAUAGUGGGUGUCUGACGUUAUUCCCCUACGGCAAAGAGACGCCCAUCUCCGGUGGACACGCGGGCACACCGAUGGAUCUCGCAAUUGCGCUCGCGCUGCAUGCGUAAAUAUUUGCGUUCAGUUUUGUCGCGCAUUCGAUUGCGUUCUUUCGUAGAAGCAGAUGAAAGGAGGAUACCUCGUCAAUUCGGACGCCCCCUUUGUGUGAGCCGAAACGCGAGGAUUCUCACGGGUUAAUCGUCGCAACGCGCACCCGAGAACUGUAUUUCGCUACACUUCCUGCAUAUUUAUGAGAGGAGAAAUAGGACUCUGCCGCGAUCCUCCCUACGUGGACCCGAGAUUCGAUUCUCGCGCAACCGUAAACUGUCAUUUGCGAGGUAGGCGUAAAUAUGCGCACUACGGUGCGUGGUGUACGAUGAGGCAAUUGCAAGACAUCCUGUCGACCAAACAGCGGAUUGUUGAGUGAUUAUUUCCCGUGUUUAGAUCUGAGAUAUAGAAUGAUGCUAUGGCUGCCUCUGUGUCACGUAACGAUGAGGAGGAACUGAAUGGAGAAACAGAGUCGGAGGCUAGUAGUAUAUAUCAUGGUUCAGUAAUCUCAACUGUACCUGAUCGCCAUGGGUUCCUGGGUGGUUCUCAAUAUAGUCCUGAAAGAAAGCAAGCUGUAUCACCUGAUGUGAUAUUACGAAGAGAAAGGAAAUGGAUACAAAUGUUGAAUAAUUGGAGCGUUUUUAUGACUACCAACUAUCGUAAGGUUCGUGAGAGAUGCCGCAAAGGUAUACCACCUUCCGUGAGACUGCGUGCUUGGCUAAACCUUUGUGGAGGUCAGUUGUUAAUGAAUGAGAAUCCGAACCUAUAUGAAGAACUUAUCAAAAGGCCUGGAGAUCCCAAAUACAUAGAAGACAUUAAAAAAGAUCUUCAUCGUCAGUUCCCUCAUCAUGAAAUGUUUGUCGAGAAUGCACCCGGACAGCAAGAACUAUUCCAAGUGCUCAAGGCGUAUUCCAUUUUAAACAGCAAAGUAGGCUAUUGUCAAGCUCAAGCGCCCAUUGCUGCAUUCCUGUUGAUGCAUAUGCCAGCGGUACAGGCGUUCUGGUGCCUCGUAGCUAUAUGCGACAAGUAUCUCAUUGGUUAUUAUAGUCAAGGCAUGGAAACAUUAUUGCGCGAUGGGGAUAUCCUGUUUGCUCUUCUUAAGAGAGUCUCUCCUGUCGCAUACAAACAUUUAAAAAAACAAAAAAUGGAUCCAAUCUUGUACAUGACCGAGUGGUUCUUGUGCGUUUACACGCGGACGUUACCGUGGGAAAGUAUCUUGCGCGUAUGGGACAUGUUCCUUUGUGAAGGCGUGAAAGUGAUUUUCAAAGUCGGUCUGGUAUUGUUGAAAGGUAGUUUAGGCCGCUCGUCGUUUACUAAACGUUGCCCGACAACAUACGAAACUCUCCAAGUCUUAAGAAAUCCGCCUCAGCAUAUCAUGGAGGAAGAGGCUUUGGUUUAUCAGAUUCAGAGGUUGAAUUUAAGCGAGGAGGACUUCGAGUACGAACAUCAGAGACAAAUAUUGAGGAGGAAAGCGGCAGAUCAAGCGGCCCUUUCUACUGCCAACCGAACUGACUGACGAUUAAAUAGUUAGGCAGUAAUACGGGAUGGAACAUACAAUUAAUGUAUACUGUUCCAAAGUGUGCCUUCCCUUCCGUUCUUCUGACAUUGCACAGAUUCUACAGUUGAGAAACGUUUAGAGUUGUUUCGUGCUACAAAGACGGAAAAUUUAACGAAAAGUGCGUAGGUACGUACACUCGCAAGGUAGAAGAAGUUUCAUAUAUUUCACGCACACAUACUCACACGUAUACAUCCACAUUCCUCAAACAGUCGGAGUACGUUAUUUAUCUCUACUUCCUUCACUAGUAAACUAAUAGUACGCGUACUAUAAAAGAGAGCACAAUAUUUAUAGAUUCACAUAGUACUCUUAAUGGUAUUUUCUCAUUGAUAUAUAUAUAUAUAUAUAUUUCUAGUUAGCGAUAAUGAUCCCCGUGAUUACAUUAUCGAUAUUUAUGUACAAAAAUUUAUCGCAUUUUUAAAUAAAAUAAUAUAUAUGAUAAUGUUAUUAUAAAUAAAUAGUAUCUUUUGUUAACAUCGAUCUUAUAUUAGUCCUUCGUGUCUGGAUGUAAUAUAUGCAUAACGAGAUCCAGACACUGUUCUUCCUUAUAUUCAUCCUUGUCUCAUUAUAGUACACGUAUAUAUACUUCAAUAUUACCAACGAAAUAUACAUUUCAGCUCCUGUUCUUUUUGUCUUCCAAUAUCAGUUAUUUAUUAUAUUAAUCGGAUAUUCUGUGCAAUUUCCUGCUGCGCGUAAUUUCACUUUCCAGCUGUUGGCUGAAAAAUGCUAUUUUCUCAUGAA